AUGUCAGAAACGGUGCCCAUUCCUGAGCCCCCUGGGCUGCCGAUCCUUGGCAACAUCAAUGAGAUCAACUCCGAAUUCCCUCUAGGGUCCAUGCUAUCUCUCGCUGACCAAUAUGGUGAGAUCUACCGAUUGAGAUUUCCUGGCCGUUCCGUCGUUUUGGUCUCGACCCAGGCACUGGUGAAUGAGACAUGCGAUGAGAAGCGAUUCAAAAAGUCUGUAAACCAGGCUCUUAAUGAAAUCCGAAACGGCGUGCACGAUGGACUUUUCACAGCGAAAAUGGGCGAGGAGAACUGGGGCAUCGCUCACCGCGUGCUCAUGCCCGCCUUCGGCCCUCUCUCCAUUCGUAACAUGUUCGAUGAGAUGCACGACGUUGCAGGCCAACUGGCAAUGAAGUGGGCGCGUUACGGGCCGCAAUCGCCAAUCACCGUGACCGACGACUUCACACGCCUAGCGCUCGACACGCUGGCCCUAUGCUCCAUGGGCUUCCGGUUCAACAGCUACUACUCGCCUGUUCUCCAUCCAUUCAUCGAGGCUAUGGGUGACUUCCUGGUCGAGGCCGGUAACAGGACACGACGUUUACCGCUACCUUCAGUCUUCUACGGCUCCAAGGACCAGAAGUUCGCCAGUGAUAUCGAAAUACUGAGAACCACGGCGAAAGAGGUUCUGGAGUCGAGAAAAGCAGGCAAGAGUGAUCGUCGUGACCUUCUCACGGCUAUGCUUGAAGGCGUCGACUCGAAAACGGGAAAGAAGAUGACGGACGAGAGCAUCAUGGACAACUUGAUCACGUUCCUUAUCGCUGGACACGAGACGACAUCUGGCCUGCUGUCCUUUGCGUUUUACCAGCUUCUCAAGCACCCGGAAGCGUACCAGAAGGCGCAACAGGAGGUAGACAACGCUGUCGGAAAGGGGCAGAUCAAGGUCGAUCAUCUCUCGAAGCUGCCUUAUUUGAACGGUGUACUCCGCGAGACUCUUCGUGUCAACGCGACGAUCCCGCUCUUCUCGGUUGAGGCCUUCGAAGAUACUCUACUGGCAGGCAAGUACCCUGUGAAGGGGGGCGAGACCAUCCUCAACCUGCUCGCCAAAUCUCACCUCGAUCCCACCGUCUUUGGUGAGGACGCCAACGAGUUUAAACCCGAACGAAUGAUGGACGAGAACUUCAACCGCAUCACCAAGGAGUUCCCCAACUGCUGGAAGCCCUUUGGCAAUGGCAUGAGAGCCUGCAUCGGCCGUCCGUUUGCGUGGCAAGAGGCCCUUCUAACCAUGACCAUGCUUCUCCAGAACUUCAACUUUGUCCUGGACCCCAACUACAGCUUCGGCAUCAAGCAGACACUCACAAUCAAGCCCAAGGACAUGUACAUGCGUGCCAUUCUUCGCGAUGGCCUAACGCCCACGACCCUCGAGCGCCGCCUCGCUGGUCUCGCCGAGCCUGAAAAGGCCCCCGAGCAAGUCAAGAACAACGCAGCAACCGGAGGUGAAGGUGGAAUGCCAUUGACGAUCCUUUACGGCUCCAACAGCGGCACCUGCGAAUCUCUGGCCCAGCGCGUAGCAUCAGAUGCCGUGUCUCAUGGCUUCCAUGCGACCAAGAUCGACUGUCUGGACAGUGCCAACGGCAACCUGCCAACUGACCAACCUGUCGUCAUCAUCACGGCGUCCUACGAGGGCCAGCCUCCUGACAAUGCCGGGCACUUUGUGGCAUGGAUCGAGGGCCAGGAUAAAGACAAGGCGCCGCUCAAAGACGUGUCAUAUGCCGUCUUCGGUUGCGGUCACAAGGACUGGGUUCAGACUUUCCAUCGCGUCCCCAAGCUAGUCGAUGCUACCCUGGAGCAGCUCGGAGCGAAACGUCUUGCCGAUGUUGGCCUCACGGACACGUCGACUGGCGAAGUGUUUACGAACUUCGAGUCCUGGGAGGACGACGUACUCUGGCCCGCGCUGACGAGCAAGUACAAGACGACCACCGUCCAAGACAGCAAGAUCAAGAGUAUGGAUGUCGUUAUCAGCAACCCCAGAACAUCGGCUCUUCGUCAGGAUGUCAAGGAGGCCACAGUCAUCAAGACUGGGACGCUCACCAAGGGCGGUGACGCAAAGGGCAUCAAGAAGCACAUUGAGAUCAAGAUCCCGGAUGAUAUGGUAUACACCGCGGGAGACUACCUCGCCGUUCUUCCCAUCAACCCGAAGGAGAGCGUGCACCGCGCGAUGCGAAGAUUCCACCUGGCCCGCGAUGCACACCUCAGUAUCAAGACCGAUGGUCCCACGUCCCUUCCGGUCGAUAGCUCGGUCCCUGCCCACGACAUUCUGAGCUCAUAUGUCGAGCUCUCGCAGCCUGCCACAAGAAGAAACAUCCUCGCUCUUUGCGAAUACGCCAAGGACGAGGAUACCAAGGCUGAGCUGAGUCGACUUGCGGGCGAUGACUACGCCAAUGAGAUCAGCAGCAAGCGGGUGUCCAUUCUUGACUUGCUCGAACGCCACCCCUCGAUCGAUUUGCCCAUCGGGGUCUUUUUGUCAAUGUUGCCGCCGAUGCGUGUCAGACAAUACUCCAUCUCCUCCUCGCCAAUGGCCACUCCCAACCGCGUCACCCUUACCUUUUCUGUUCUCAACGAGCCUUCGCUCUCGGGACAGGGCCCUUACAUCGGCGUAGCCUCCUCCUAUCUCGAUUCUCUUGCUGAAGGCGAUUCCCUCCACGUAGCCGUCCGUCCGUCCCACGCCGCCUUCAGCCUCCCCACUGACGCCGAGAGAACGCCCAUGAUCUGUGUCGCCGCCGGCACCGGGCUUGCACCCUUCCGGGGCUUCAUUCAGGAGCGCGCCACCAUGAUUGAAGCAGGCCGCACUCUCGCGCCCGCCCUGCUUUUCUUCGGCUGUCGCUCCCCUGAGCACGAUGACCUGUACCGUGACGAGCUCGAUAAAUGGGAAGCUCUCGGCGCCGUUUCAGUGCGCCGCGCCUACAGCCGCGAUUGCGACAAGAGCGAGGGCUGCAAACACGUGCAGGACCGCAUGUGGCACGACCGCAAGGAGGUCCUUGAGCUUUGGGAGCAAGGCGCUAAGGGUUACGUCUGCGGCUCUCGGGGUGUCGCCGAGUCCGCCAAGGACACCAUCAUCAAGAUCAAGAUCGAGAUGGAAAAGGCCAAGGGCGAGGACAUGGACGAGGACAGCGCCAAGAAAUGGUUCGAAGAUUUGAGGAACAUUCGUUACGUUACGGAUGUCUUUGAUUAA